CCCCUCCGCUCCGCCUUAAAGAGCCAGGCGCGUGCGCGGAAGCGGCCUCCGAGCCCUCCUCCCACCUCCUCCUCCUCCUUCUUCGUCUUCCCGGCUCGCUCGCUAUGGAGCAUCCCCGCGCCGAGAGCCCUGGCGGCGGCAGCAGCACCAGCACCAGCACUACCAGCAGCAGCAGCGGAGGCGGCGGCGGCGGCGGCGGCGGCAGCAAGGAAGGCGACGAGCCCGAAUCCCCUCCCGGUCUUCUGCCAAGCCGGGCGGUGACAGCAGCGACGACCACAGCUGCAAUAGCGGCGGCUACCGGACCGCCGGCUUGCUCGAUCAUGGAAGACUGUUUAUUGAAAAAAAUAGAAAUCAGCAUUGCUGAAGCCGAAAAGAGGACUGGACGGAAUGCUAUGAACAUGCAGGAAAUUUAUACUGCAUACCUAGUUGAAACAAGGUCUGUGGAGUCAAUGGGUGAAGGACAAUGUUCCCCUCCAGACUCUCUUUGGAGGCGAUACAGUGAAUUUGAAUUGUUGAGAAAUUACUUGCUAGUGAACUAUCCACAUAUCAUUGUACCACCUUUACCAGAAAAAAGGGCAGAAUUUGUUUGGCAUAAGCUCUCGGCAGAUAACAUGGAUCCAGAUUUUGUAGAACGACGGAGGAUUGGCUUGGAAAACUUUCUUUUGCGUGUGGCUUCACAUCCAGUUCUUUGCCAGGAAAAGAUGUUUAAUGCAUUUUUGACCCUAGAAACUGGCUGGAAGGAAAUGGUAAAUGAAACAGGGUUUCAAUUGAAGGCAGAUUCUAGAUUAAAAGCUCUUAAUGCAACAUUCAGAGUGAAAAAUCCAGAUAAGAGAUUUACAGAACUUAAACACUAUAGUGAUGAGCUGCAGUCUGUCAUAUCGCAUCUUCUAAGAGUCAGAGCUAGAGUGGCAGAUCGUUUAUAUGGUGUAUAUAAAGUCCACGGGAAUUACGGGAGAGUGUUCAGCGAAUGGAGUGCAAUAGAGAAAGAGAUGGGGGAUGGGCUUCAGAGUGCUGGUCAUCACAUGGAUGUGUAUGCAGCUUCUAUUGAUGAUAUACUAGAGGAAGAAGAACAUUAUGCAGAUCAGCUGAAAGAAUACCUCUUUUACGCAGAAGCUCUUCGGACAGUUUGCAAGAAACAUGAACUUCUGCAGUAUGAGUUUGAAAUGGUUGCUCAGGAUCUCCUGUCGAAGAAACAGCAGUGUGAGGAAUUGGCAACAGGUACGAUAAGAACGUUCUCCUUGAAAGGAAUGACCAGCAAGCUUUUUGGCCAGGAGACACCUGAACAAAGAGAAGCAAAAAUAAAGAUUCUAGAAGAACAGAUACAUGAUGGAGAAGAACAGCUUAAAGCGAAGAACUUAGAGAGCCGAGACUUUAUGAAAAGUGCUUGGGCUGAUAUUGAACGCUUCAAGGAGCAAAAGAACCAUGAUUUAAAGGAGGCGCUGAUCAGUUAUGCUGUGAUGCAGAUCAGUAUGGCCAAAAAGGGAAUUCAGGUUUGGACAAAUGCAAAAGAAUGUUUCAGCAAGAUGUGACACAGGAAAUUCUGUCCUUCUUGGCGAAAUGCUGGAGAACCGAAGCACAAAUGCAUGAACAUGGAUGCUAAAUUGCCUCAUUUACUAUAUCAUGGAAUUGGUGUGUUUAUGAAACUAGGGCACAAAGAAAUGGUCUCUGUUUCUUGAUGGCCACCUUGUGGCCUGUUUUGCAUGCAGUAGCAAACUGAACUUUGUAAUUGUUUUGAGAUAAGGCUAUAGGAAAGAUCCAAGCUGGCUCCAUUGAUCACAUUAAUCAAACUAUUCAAACUAUACCACGAAUCUGUACACUAUUGUAAAUUAUUUCCAAGUGCCCCCCUUUUUUAUGUUACAGUAUAGUAAACACUGUAACUUACAUUGUAAACAUAUGCUGAUGAAGAUUAUUUUGUUCUUUGUUUUCCAAAUAUAGUGGUACAAAACUAACACCCCCCCCCCAAGUAUUGGUAAUAUUCCACAAUAUCAUACGUUGCACAUCUCAGAUAUGUAUCCCAUCCCACAAAACUCCCUAAACUUUGUAACACAAGCUUUGGAUAUUCAUUUGUUAUAUAUCAGGGAUGUUUCUGAACUCAGAAAUUAAAACCAGUAGGAAUUACUUAUAGAAGUUUUCUGUUUGCCAGCUCAAAACCUCAUACAGCUACUAUCACUGAUCUCAAUAAACAUGUUUAAUAUGACCUUUAUUCAAUAUCUCUGAGCUUAAAGCAUUUGAUUGUUAGUUGGUUUUUUUAAUAUAAUAAUGUCCCCUUUUUGAAUACUUGAGAACACCAAUAUGAAAUCAAAUAGGCUUUAUUUGCAAUAUGAACAUGGAUUGCUUAUACAUGUCUUUGCCUUGAUUUUGUAUAAUGUACAUUUGUCUAGGUUUCUUUGAAAAGGAGGUGUAUAGGAUGCAUUGUCAUCUUUACAAUGUGUUCAAAAAAGGAAGAUCUUUUUUGCUAGCUUUAUAUUUCUUAUUCCCAGCUGUCAGAAAGCUCUAAUGCUCCUUGGCUGCUUUUUUCAUAAUGAUAUUUAAGAGAUUAAUAUGGAAUGAACACUUAACUGUGAAUCUUCAUUGAAAAAUCAUGGUACUCAUUUUGUCAAGCAUGAUUUAACUAGUUUACAGUACACAUACUAGAAAGUACUUAAUCUGUUUAUUUCCUCAAAUCAGACCUGCUUUGCUAAGGCCAUUAUGAAAUAAUAUUUGCAGAUAACUUUUUCAGCCUAUCAUGUAACCUAUGAACUUUUUUAAAAGAUUAAUGAUUAAUUGUAAUUACAUAAUUAUUUCAAACGAAAAUCUAGUACAUUGAGGUAAAUCAACCACAUUGUUCCAUUUCAGAGAAGUGUAGAAUAUAGUCCCCAAACUGAUAAAACUUUUACAUUCCAGAAACAAUAAGCAGCAACAAAUGUAGACUUUUAUAGUAGACUUUUAGAGUAGUUGUGCCUUAAUUUAAUAUCAGUAGGCACUCGGAGUCAAUAUUUUCCAUGCACUUGAUCUUCCUAGUGCCUUCCUUCUCUUACCCUUCUUUCAUAAGCUGUAUAAAAUAAAUGUAUUAGUAUGUCUUUUGCUAACUGUAUUGAGUUUUGAGAAGGUAUCAAAAGGUUUGUGCCAAAUAUAUUUAAUAAAACUACCCUUUAUUAUGUUUUGUUUUUCA